AUGGAGAACUGGGGGCUGAUCACGUACCGCGAGACGGCGCUGCUGUACAACGACGGCAACGCCGCCGCCCACAAGCGCGCCGCGAUCGUCAUCGCCCACGAGCUGGCGCACAUGUGGUUCGGCAACCUCGUCACGUGCGCGUGGUGGGAGGCCACGUGGCUCAACGAGGGCUUCGCGCAGUACUUCGAACACGUGGACUAUCAUAGUCAUUUGUUUUAUGCAUUACGAUUUUGUGGAAGUUUCAAGAUGUUACAUAUACAUGAUUUAAAGGUCAGUGCUUUAGUAGAAAUUCUGGUGACCAAAGUACCAGCUGCAGAACACAUGCCAGUUCAAGGAGGUUUACGUUGUUGUGCACAAUAUAGCACAAAAGCUGAGCUUCGCAGUUCCAAAUAG